CGCUCAGCUCAGAAGUCAUGCUUUCGAUGUGUUGAAAAAAAGCUAAAGUGUGAGCGCACCAGGCCGUGCAACGGUUGCAUUCGAUCCUGUACUCGCUGCGAGUACCCCUCUCCAGAGGAGUUCGAUGGCUUGGUGCUUGAUGGUUGCGAUGCUGGCGGUGAAGGGCCCAACGUGCUUCCUGAUGCUGAGCAGGUGCCCGGCCAACACGACAAACCGACACCUACUCACAGGAGUUCAUGGCCCUCAUCUUUUACACAUAUAAGUGACCUGGAUGGCGCUUUAGUGGAGGCUUUACCAGAAUCUAUGUCCUCACCAAGCUCAUCCUUGAUACGCCAAACUGAUGAUGCUCAUACUUCGAGUCAAUCUUGUGGGGUUGGUACUUUCAACGGCCUUCACGAGAACCCGGCUAUCUCCUCAAGUAUUGACACAUCGCAACCCUUUGAUGCCUUGCUGACAGAUAUGGGUGACGGGGCAUUGACGGAAGGCUUUGCCAUAUCUCCCUCUUACAUGUCUUUGAUGCAGCCCAAUUAUCGGACCGGUGGCCUCGACUGGCUGAGUUUCGACAUAGACAAUGGUCCUCAAAACCUUCAACUAGGCACUUUGAAUAAUCUCUACAUCCCAGAAUCCUGGCCCUCGAACAUGGACCAGCGAGACCACGAGACAGAAGGGACUAGUGGUCAUGGUGUUGAUGAUAGGACCCAGCAUGUGCGCACUCAUGCAGAAACGACGCGGAAUAUUCCAGCCACACGAUCGCCAAACCUCCAACUAUCUACUACUUCAUGGCCAUUUGAUCAAGCGCAUGACUCAAUGCCGCAUCGGUAUCGACUCCCCCCUCUUCGUGACGUUUUGAGCGGCUGUUGGCGAGCAAACCGGCCCCCUCAGAUUACACUCGUGGACGGCUUCAUACGUAUCCUGUCGGAGAGUCCCCUCCCGCAGCUUACGAAUCUACGGGACACCCACGUGGUCCAAGCAUUUGGCGAUCUACAGCGCCUGGUCGAUUCCUACUUCGAUCGGUUCCAUGAUGUGCAGGCGAUUCUCCAUAAACCCACUUGGGUCAUGUCUUCGUGUCCAUCUGCCCUCCUGACAGCCAUGGCGUGUAUUGGUGCACUGCUUUCGGAUAGAGAGUCAGAUGCUGAGCUGUCCUGGGCCCUGGGCGAGAUAUGUUCUACUAUGAUUACCUGGAUGGGCGCUUCGGAUGCUACAAACUAUGGCGAUGUUUCAUAUCUCAAUGCUCUCUGCCUCCACCAAAUCUACUCUUUGGGUUCAGGCAACAGGCAACUCUAUCAGAGUGCAGACAGGUCUCGUGGUAUAUUGAUAGGCGGCCUACGGGGCAUGGGCCUGUUGAAGCCUCGUUCUGCCGUCAGCUUGGACGAGAGAGGAGAAAAUAUUCCCAUUUCUGAGGGCGAUCAAGUUCUUACUCAUGAGUGGAAAAAUUGGAUCAUGAGAGAAUCAGGGCGUAGGGCAGCCUGGGCAGCAUUCGAGUACGACUGCAGCCUUUGCACUCUCACAAGUCGCCGAGGUGUCGUUGACUUGAGCGAGCUGCCUUCUCUUUUACCGUGCCCCGAGUCCAUAUGGAACGCUACCUCAGCACAAGCCUGGUCUGCCCUCAUGUCUCGCCUAGGACCCGGUAGCUCGAGACCAAGUUUAUCUUUGGUACUCAAGUUAGCACUAGCCGGAGAACAAACCCCCUCAUUUUUGGGGUCCUGGGCGAAGAGGCUUUGUUCACAGGUCAUGGGGCGCUUACUGUGGGACCUCUGGCAGCUGGAAGUUGUCGCGAUGCCCGAAUACUGCGGCCUUGGCUCCAUUAUAAGCGCACACCGAGAUACAAAGAAGUCGCUUCUAAAGAGCUUGAAUAAUAUGGUUGAUGCCCUGGCUGCACCUUCGACAACUAGUGACCUGAUUAGCUACAACAUCGCGGGCCUCCUUUGUCACUACUCGCAUCUCUGUGCCGCGAAUGGUGUCCUUGACCUCAUAAUCUAUAUCGUGCGCAAUCUCGUUUCUUCGGCGCCACAGCAACAUAACGGAAUUGAGGUCGCCCGCGCGCGUCUCAAGUUGACAUUUGCCAGAGAUCCCAAGACAGCAAGAAGGCUGUGCUGGCACGCGACUCAGAUUGUUGCGAUUGCGAAUGAGUACCUCGUUUCUGCCCCUUGCGAGAUCAUGCGGGUCUUCAUGGGCUACAUCUUCAUUAUUGCGUACUCGACCUACGGCCCCCAUAGAACUGCGUCCCCAAACGACUCGUGA